UGCAAAUUUUAGGGUUCCAACAGGUCCUUUACCUGGUUUCUUCUAUCUAUGUGGCGUAGAUUUGAACCUGCAACUUAAUUCACUUCUGUUUGGUUUAUUUAUUCUUCUCUACUGCUGCUUUAGCGUUCAACCACCUAUCUCCAUCAACUUUCAUAUUCUUUUCCCAAAAACAAAAGAUGGCAAAUUAUAGAACAACUGGAGCUGAUUCUUCAUCCAGCAGUAGCAAUGGUGAGCAAUCAUGGGUUUUGAUUAGUCCUAUUAGGGUUGACGAAGAAGAAAAUACUGUUAUGUCUUACAGUCAACCUGCAAUUGGGUCAUUAAAUUCUGAAGUUGCUUCCUCGUGCAAUGGAAGCAACACUGAGCAAUUGCCCAGCCUUAGUAUUGAUGAAGAAGAUUGUACUAGCAUUUCUCUCAGUCCACCUGAAGAAAGGUCAUCCGGUUCAUCAUCCUAUUCUUCUGCAGAACAGUCCCUCCAAAAGCAGUCUAUCAAAGACAUUCACAAAAUACAGGCUAACUUGCAGCGAUUCGAAGUGGACACCCUGAAUUCCAUUCACAUGCUCACGACACACAUCCAGGCUUCUUUCUCUGAGGUCGGGAAAGAAAUACAUGUUCUACAGAACACUAUGAUGAAUCUUUCGCAGGGUACAGAGGAAACAAAACCUGUGGAGACUUAUAUUCUGCAAUUCAUCUUCAGCAGGCGAAACCCUAUUGAGAACAAAGAAGACAGCAUUGAGGCAGUGAAAGAGCACAUACUUAAAAGAAUACUGGGGUUCGAAGAUUCGCAGCUUCCAAAAAUAAAAUAUGUGCUCAAGUCAGAUUUUACUAAAGUGCUAGUAGUAUUUGCCGAUUCUUUUUCUAAAGAAAUAGUUUUACGGCGGGCAAAUGAACGGAGGCAAAUGAUGGCAGGAGCAGAUAUUACUAUAUUUGACUGGACUCAAUAAAAAGACUUGGAAUAUCACAAGAACAUGAGAGAAUGCUGGCUUGUCCUCGGGUUAGGGUUAGUUUAAGAAUUCGGUAGUUAGGAGAUAAUUUAGGUUUGAUCUAAAUCAGGGCAAUUAUUUUGUGAUCAAGCAUCUACCUGUUUGUUUGUAUGAUUCAGUGGGCAAAAAUCACUUCCGAACAAAGAAUUUAAGUUCGUCCAUGUAAACCUUUUGGUAUUUCAAGAAAAACAGAAACUCCUUAAAACACUUCGGUAUUUCAAGAAAAUCAGAAACUGCUGCUUGGAAUGAAAAAAAUGCUGCUCCGAAUUUUCGUAAUUCCAUUGUUUAUGUCUUUGAAAUAAAUCAAUUGUUGCUUGAA